AUGUUGUGGCACCUCCUCUUCCUCGUGCACUUCCUUCGCGUGGCAGUGUCGGCGACAUCCUCCACCAGCAUAGAGCCCAAACCCACGCCGUCCACCCUUGUCGACAUCCUCUCGUCACAGGCCCAAUACUCAUACUUCCUCAGGACCAUCCAGCGCCAUGGUUUGAUACCGAAGCUUAACACCCUCCAGAACGUCACGUUGUUGGCACCCAUCAACCUGGCAUUUGCUGAGUCCGACAUUGCUGGGAUGGACACCCCAGACCAGCUUCUUCGCUACAUCGUGGACCAGCGAUUCCGGGUUGGCUACUUGAGCGACCAGGAGGUAGUGUUCAACACCCUCUAUAACGUCCUGGACACCAAACGAUACACCAUUAGCGUAUCACCCGACUGGGAGUCCCAAGAAUACGUGGUUGACAAGGUGUCGACCAUCGUUGAUCCCGACAUCUACGCCAAACAUCAACACUCGUUCAUUCAGGGCCUUGAGAGGCUCCUCCCGCUCAAGCCGUCAUUGUGCCAGUUCCUCUUGGCAGACGACUCGCCCAGCGACAUUUCAUUCGUCAAGCACUUGUUCCAGCUGGUGUUUGCGCCUAGUCACCACGAUGUGGACGACUCCAGGCACAAAGCAAAGAAGCUACCCACCAAUUGCGAGGAUUUCAUGAAGAACAUCCGAACAGUAUUCGUGCCCAACGACGAGUUCAUCAGGAACUCGCUCCUGGAGUUGGAGAUCGCGUACUACACGGCUUUAUACCGUACCACAAUCUCCAACAAGUACGACACUGCCAAGGAGUCAAUUUACGAGAUGAAGUCGGACAUUCUCCAGCUCUUGAGUCAUUUGAUGCUCACAGAACUUGUGGGCGGCGCAAAUGGCACCAAUGGCUCCUACUUCAGCCAGUCUGAUAACGUCAAGUACCAUGUCUCCCUCGUGGACAACCGGCUUGUUUUGAACAAGAAGAUCUCGUCCAAUAAGUCCGCUGUUUUAGCCAACGGAAUAAUCCACACCUUUGCGUUGAAUCACGACGGUCCCCAGGCGAAUGAACAGCAUUUCUUUGAAGCAUUGGGUAUUCCUACAAUAGAUUUGAUCCCAAGAAGAGCUCUCAACGCUUUGCAUUAUUCGAACGUGGUCAAGGAACUAAAGUUCAGGAAACUUAUGUAUUUGAUUGACGGAAGCACGGUCAACCAAACCAUUUUCAUGGACGCCGACCAAAGAGACGAUUCUGAGGAGGUUGCAGGUUCGUUCAACAUGAACGAAGAGCUUCUACUCGAUGAAGAUCUAGAAUUCUCCGGAAAGGAUCUUGGAGUUCAGUCGUUCAGCUCUAAGCAAUCUUUGAUGUACCAAUUUUCAAGUGAAGUUGUGGAUCCUUCUAAUAUUCUCGAAAAUAGAGAAUCUUCGUAUCGAUUACUAGAUUCAAGGCUUUGUUCCAAAAAGAGAAUUGGGGGGUGUUUCCAAUUGAAACUUUCUGCAUCAAAGGUCAACAACCUUACUAAGCUAACGCUUAACGACGAUAUUGAUAUCGUCUCAUCGCACUCCUGUGCCAAUAAUACCUUCAUUUACAUUGGAGACAAGGAGUUGAAUGCACCCUCAUCACUCAAGCACUCUUUGGGUGAUCUAAUCUCUAAUGGGGCUCUUCAGAGACAUGUUGAACACAUUGAAAUUGACAAGGAAAACUGUUUGGCAACCUUGGGAUACCUCAACGAGCAUAAUUUGUAUUCAUUGGACGAUAAAGGUAAAGGAUACACGGUAUUUUUGCCAUGCGCGAAAGCUUAUAGCUUAGGGAGCCAUAGUUCUGAAGUGACCGUUGCGCUGAAAGAAGGUUCGUGGAAUAGACUUGGUUUGGUAUUGGAUUACUUGGAAUCAAAACCGAAAAUCUUCAAGGACAUAUUAAAAGGUAUGUUCAUAGAGGGAACAGUUUAUUCUGAUUUUGGGCUUGUGGAUAAUGACAGAAACUUAAAGACAGUCAACUUGAGGGGAGAUCGUGUGGAGGUAAAGCAGGGAUACUUUGAUGGCCACUUUGAUCAUAUUAUUACACUCAAUGAAACAAAGUUACCAAUACCUUUAAAUUCAGAUAUUUUGUUUAACCAGGGAGUGGUGCAUAUUAUCAAGUCAGUAUUGUUACCCCAGGACUUUCAAAUUCCAUUUAAAGACUUGCUCGAAACUGCUACUGAUCCUGACUAUCCCCAUCAUUCGUUCACUGAUUUGAUUAAGUACUUCCCAAAAUUAAGCUCUAACAUUGGACUCGGAGACGCUUCGGAAAAGCUAUCCUAUUCAUUGUUAAUACCCAGCUCUGAGUCCUUGAAGGACUUCAAUAUCACCAGCGACUACUCUAAAUUAUUGGACUUUAUCGAAUAUCAUUUGGUUCCAAAUUCCGAAGUGGAUAAGUUGCUCUAUUGUCUUGAUAGUGCCUUUUAUAAGGGACCACCCAUGGAAGAGGAUCUUUUCCGUACCAACAUGAGUGAUGUUGAGUUGCGGUGCUACAGAAAUCCAAAGAAUGGCAAGUCCUUCAUCAAAUUGCACACCAACGAGGAAAACGACGAGUUACAGGCUUUGUCGUACAAUAAAGACCACGAAGUGAAGGUUCUCUCACAUGGUUGUACUUCUUUUAACUUUAGAGGCAAUCAUACCAAUGGUGCAUGCGUUUUUCUCAUUGAAAAACCGUUGAAUCUCGAUUGGCUUCACAAGAGAAGAGGUGAUUUCCUUCACAUUCACCUUGGAUUUGUGAGUGUUGGGGUAGGAAUUAUCUUGGGACUUAUUAUUUUUGGUGGAGUCAUGGUAGGGGCCAUUUUAUGUCUAGGAAGCUCUAAAAACAAGCUUGACAAAAAGGUAAAUUCUACCAAUGAGUUCAUUUUCCCUACUAAUGAUGAAUCUUCAUUCAUGAGGGUCCGCAUCGAUGAUGAUCUGUAUGUCAUUGAUAGAGGGUAUGAGACCGAUGUGGACGUACUCAGGUCUGAAACCGAUCAAUUGUUGCCGUUGUAUGGAACCAAGAAGUACAAAAAAAGAGGCUACGGGUCUAUUCCAGCCUACGGCAGGUCUACCAAAGAUACAUCCCCACCAAAAGAGGGCAUUAGUGCACCUAGGUCCAUUAAAGGCAACCAGCUAUCCAAAGGGUUGAACCGGGACAGGAAUAUCCCAGGAUGGUAG